CAUGAUGGAAUUAAAAGAAACGUUAAUUCUUAUUUACGACGUUUUAUUAUUCUUGAUAAUGUCAAUAUUCUAUAUAUUCGAAACAAUAAUAUUCACGUUCAUCCCGCGACGUUAUCGUGAAAAAUCUAUCAAAGGGGAAAUAGCUUUGAUUACUGGAGGUGCUGCUGGAAUUGGUAAAUUGAUUGCUCAGAAAUUAUCUCAUUUGGGUGCUAACGUUAUCAUUUGGGAUAUAAAUAAAUCAGCACUCGAAGAUACGGUAAAUGAAAUAAGGAGACACGGUGGAAAAUGUUGGGGAUAUUAUUGUGAUAUUGCUGAUCGAGAGGAAAUAUUUAAAAUUGCGAAAUCUAUUAAAAUUGAGAUUGGUAAUAUAUCAUUAUUGAUAAAUAACGCUGGUUACGUAUAUGGCAAAAAUCUUUUGGAUAUACCAGACGAAGAAAUCGAACGUACAUUUAAAAUAAAUAUAUUGGCGCAUUAUUGGACGAUCAAAUCAUUUUUAAAAGAAAUGAUGAAAGAAAAUUAUGGACAUAUCGUAACAAUAGCAAGUGUUGCUGGUCUAUUAGGAACUUACAAUUGCACUGAUUAUUCAGCCACGAAAUCUGCUGCCAUUGGACUUCACGAAAGUCUUUUUUCAGAACUCAAAGCUCAUGGAUACGAAGGGAUUCAUAUGACACUCGUUUGCCCUUAUCUCAUUGAUACGAAAAUGUUUAAUGGUGUUAAACCUAGAUUAAUGAAAAUGCUCGAACCCGAGUACGUUGCCGAAGAAGUAGUAAAAGGAAUAUUAUUGGAUAAAGUAAAUGUUACGUUACCUAACAGCGUCAGACUUCUUUUGCCACUUAAAUGUUUAUUACCUGCAAAAAUGUGUUGGGAUUUAAUGUAUCGUAUAAUACGUGGACCACAAUCCAUGAUGAUGUUUAAAGGACGAGAAAGUACAGAAAUGCUUCAAGAGAAUAACAAUAUUACUGAAAAGACUGAAAAAGUACACCUGCAGUAAUUAUAUUUAAAAAUAUACUGCAUAAUUU